AGUGAUUAUUGUAUUUUUAUCUUUCAUUCACCUAAUAUAUAAGCCGCCUGUAUUUGAAAAAUACCAUGCUCAUGCUAGAAAUCAAAAUGCCUUCUAUUUUGCUAUUACUUUUGGGAGCUAUAGUGGUAGCAGAGGCUGCUGUCCCUCGCACCUCGCUAAGGAUCGUGGGUGGGACCACGACCACCAUCGAACAGUAUCCGUUUACUGCUAAUCUUCUGUUACUGUCGAACGGAGGCUUCUUCCGCCAGCAUUGCGGAGGCACCGUCAUAAACGAGAAUUCCGUCUUGACUGCAGCGCACUGUCUAUACCGAAGGAGACCAGACCAGUUCCGUAUCCGAACCGGCUCCACCCUAGCUAGCAGCGGCGGCAACAUUCAAGCAGUCGCCCGCUUUUUCUCACACUCGGGCUUCGUCCAUACAACCCAGGACAAUGACAUCGCCAUCAUGAGGACGUCUAACCCCAUCGUGUUGGUCCCUGGAUUGGUUGCAGUGGGGUCCUUGGCUGGGUCUAACUACAACGUGCCUGACGGCGCCUCCGUCUGGGCUGUCGGCUGGGGAGCUGGAAGACUUAACGGCCCCGGUUCAGAGCAGCUGCGUCACGUAGAAGUCUGGACUGUGAACCAGGAGGUUUGCAAGACUCGUUACGAGAAAAUCAGAAAGACCGUCACCGACAACAUGUUGUGCUCGGGCCACCUCGACGUGGGCGGCCGCGACCAGUGCACGGGGGACUCUGGAGGCCCUCUACUUCAUGAGAAUGUGGUCAUUGGAGUCUCAUCAUGGGGACAGGACUGUGCGUCGGCAGAGUACCCUGGAGUCAACGUGCGCGUGUCUCGGUAUAUUGACUGGAUUCGAACAAACGCGUAGGAGAACUACGUGUUAAAAUUAAAAGACUGGUUUUAGUAGUAUUUUUGUACAUAUUAUGCAAGUAUUAAUUUAUAGAUUAGGGUUAGUUAUAAGUGCGGACAAAUAGUUAGAUGUUUAUUAUGUAUAACUCUCUGUAUGCUCACAUACUAAUUAUGUUUAAGUAAUUUAAGAAAUAAAAGAUAAAAUUAUA